GGGAGCUGGAGAAACGAAAGUGAGCGGAGCGGAGUCGGCCUGGUUCUCUCGCCGCCGCCGCCACCUGCGGGCCAUGGUGCCGGCCUGAGACCCCGCCCCAUAAAAAUGAAGAGACGAGCAGAGCCCGAAUUUAACAGCAACCAGAAGCAGAAAAAGAGAGCGGAAGAUCUGGGACUGAACCUCAGUUCCACUUCCGAUGACGAACCUCCAUGUAGUAAUCAUGCAACUCAAGAGUCUUCCAGUAGCGGCAGUGGGUCUGACAGUGAGAGCGAUGAGAGGCGACCAGUCUUCGGCUCUGGCAGCAAUGAGUUCAAAGCAGACUCUCUUGUGGAGGGCACCUCCUCCCGCUACUCCAUGUAUAACAGCGUCUCCCAAAAGCUCAUGGCCAAGAUGGGCUUCCGGGAAGGAGAAGGUCUGGGGAAAUACAACCAGGGAAGGAAGGAUAUCGUUGAAGCCUCCAAUCAGAAGGGAAGAAGAGGCUUGGGACUGACCCUGAAAGGGUUCGAUGGGGAUCUGAACGUUGACUGGCGGGACGAGCCAGAGCCCAGUGCCUAUGAACAGGUGGACUGGUUCCCAGAAUGCACCACUGAAAUCCCCGAUGCACAGGAGAUGAAGGAGUGGAUGACCGUGGGGAAGAGGAAGCUGGUAAUUGAAGAUGAAACGGAAUUCUGCCGAGAAGAGUUUCUGCAUAGUGUCCUGCAGUGCAAGAGCGUGUUCGAUGAGCUGGACGGAGAGGAGAUGCGCCGAGCCCGGACAAGGUCCAACCCCUACGAGAUGAUCCGGGGAGUCUUCUUCCUGAACAGAGCGGCGAUGAAGAUGGCAAACAUAGACUAUGUCUUCGACCACAUGUUCACAAACCCGAAGGACUCUCAUGGGAAACCCCUAAUCAAGGAGCGGGACGCAGAGCUGCUUUACUUUGCUGAUGUGUGUGCUGGCCCUGGUGGCUUCUCCGAGUACGUUCUCUGGAGGAAGAAGUGGCAUGCGAAAGGGUUCGGCAUGACCUUGAAAGGACCAAAUGACUUUAAACUGGAGGAUUUCUAUUCUGCCUCCAGCGAGCUCUUUGAGCCUUAUUACGGAGAGGGCGGGAUUGAUGGAGAUGGAGAUAUCACCCGCCCAGAGAACAUCACUGCUUUCCGGAAUUUUGUUUUGGACAACACUGAUCGCAAGGGGGUGCAUUUCUUAAUGGCAGAUGGGGGUUUCUCUGUGGAGGGUCAGGAGAACCUGCAGGAAAUUCUAAGCAAACAGCUGACGCUUUGCCAGUUCCUUACAGGACUCUCUAUCAUCCGGACAGGAGGACAUUUUGUCUGCAAAACCUUCGACCUGUUUACGCCAUUCAGCGUGGGACUUAUAUAUUUGCUGUACUGCUGCUUCGAGCGAGUGAGUCUCUUUAAACCUGUGACGAGCCGUCCUGCGAACUCAGAGAGGUACGUGGUGUGUAGAGGGCUAAAGUCAGGCAUUGACGACGUGCGGGAAUAUCUCUUCAUGGUGAACAUCAAACUCAACCAGCUGCGCAACUCUGACCUGGAUGUAAAUCUUGUCGUCCCCGUAGAAGUGAUCAAGGGCGACCAUGAGUUCUACGACUACAUGGUCCGAUCGAAUGAAAGCCAGUGUAAAGUUCAGAUCAAAGCACUAGCCAAAAUUCACGCCUUUGUUCAAGACACGACCCUGAGUGAGCCGCGGCAGGCUGACAUCCGAAAGGAAUGCCUCCGGCUGUGGGGGAUUCCAGAUCAGGCCCGAGUUGCUCCAUCCUCCUCUGAUCCCAGGUCCAAGUUCUUUGAGCUCAUUCAGGGAACAGACAUCGAUAUCUUUAGUUUUAAACCAACACCACUCAACUCAAAAACCCUGGAGAAGAUCCGCCACGUCUUAGAUUACAGAUGUAUGGUGUCUGGAAGUGAACAGAAGUUCCUGCUAGGGUUAGGGAAGUCCCAGAUCUACACCUGGGAUGGUCGCCAGUCAGAUCGCUGGAUGAAACUGGACUUGAAAACUGAGCUGCCACGGGCUACCCUUCUCUCUGUGGAGAUUGUUCAUGAGCUGAAAGGAGAGGGGAAAGCCCAGCGAAAAAUCAAGGCUAUCCAUAUCCUGGAUGUCUUGGUGCUGAAUGGCAAUGACGUCCGAGAGCAGCACUUUAACCAGCGGAUUCAGCUAGCGGAGAAGUUUGUCAAAGCCGUUUCUAAACCUAGCCGGCCGGAUAUGAACCCCAUCCGGGUGAAGGAAGUGUACAGACUGGAGGAGAUGGAAAAGAUUUUUGUAAGGUUAGAGAUGAAGAUCAUCAAGAGCUCAGGCGGAAUACCACGGCUGUCCUACACGGGCCGGGACGACCGGCACUUUGUGCCCACUGGACUCUACAUCGUUAGGACUGUGAAUGAUCCUUGGACAAUGGCGUUCAGCAAAAACUCCAAGAGGAAAUUUUUCUAUAACAAGACGACCCAGGAGUCGACGUACGACCUCCCUCACGAAUCCAUCGCACCAUUUCACAUCUGCUACUUCAGCCGUCUCUUCUGGGAGUGGGGGGAAGGUGUCAAAGUGCACGACUCCCAGAAAAGGCAAGAUGCGGAGAAGCUGUCCAAGGAGGAAGUCCUGUCCUUCAUCCAGGCGCACUACCCUUGA